AGGAACAGGAUGAGGCCCUGGUCAUUUCCACGCCCAUCCCACCCACUUCCUGCCUCCCUCUUGGGCAACAAAGGGGCCUCGGGAAGCUGGGCCCCUUCGCUCCCGGCUCUGCUCCCACUCCUGCCCUGCUGAUGUGGAACGGGGUUUGGGGUUCUGCCGGGCUAUUGUCUGCGCUGGGGAAGGGGACAGGCCGGGACAGGGACCUCCGCCCGCAGCCGGCCGCACCAGGUCUCCCUGUGGGGCUUUCCCGACCGCCUACCCCACCGCAUGCCCCCGUCGCGCUAAGGAGUUUUCCUCCCAGAAUUAGGUGUUGACGGGGUCCGGAGCCCCAGUGGCUGCAAGGCCUUCUGCCUGAGAUUCUUUCAAGAAACUCUCAAAUCUCUUAGGCCUGAGUGUGUAUGUCGGGGGGGGGUCCCCUUUUUUCUCAAAUGACUUCCGGUUGUGCAGAGGUAGUGGGGGGUCUGGAGGCCAAGGAGGGCUUCCCGGAGCCUGUUUAGCCUGCAGCCGACUCAACUCCUCCCCGCUUCCCAGGGAGACCCGUGGUCUUUUAGGCAGAGGCCAAGUGUGGGGACUUAGGUCCACCUCCAAAGAGAAGGGGAAGGAGGGCACCAGGGCUCCUGGAAGGCCUGAUGAGGAGUCCCGUGGCCUCUCCUGCUGCGGGCCCCUCUGGUUUGCUUUCUCUGGCUGUGAUUUCUGACCAUGUCUUUUCCCUCAGCAGGACAGCUGGCCUGAAGCUCAGAGCUGGGGCUUGCGCCAUGGCCCCACACUGGGCUGUCUGGCUGCUGGCAGCAAGGCUGUGGGGCCUGGGCAUUGGGGCUGAGGUGUGGUGGAACCUUGUGCCGCGGAAGACAGUGGCUUCUGGGGAGCUGGCCACGGUAGUGCGGCGGUUCUCCCAGACGGGCAUCCAGGACUUCCUGACGCUGACGCUGACGGAGCAGACUGGGCUUCUGUACGUGGGGGCCCGAGAGGCCCUGUUUGCUUUCAGCAUGGAGGCCCUGGAGCUGCAAGGAGCGAUCUCCUGGGAGGCCCCUGCGGAGAAGAAGACUGAGUGUAUCCAGAAAGGGAAGAACAACCAGACCGAGUGCUUCAACUUCAUCCGCUUCCUGCAGCCCUACAAUGCCUCCCACCUGUACGCCUGUGGCACCUAUGCCUUCCAGCCCAAGUGCACCUACAUCAACAUGCUCACCUUCACUUUGGAGCGUGGAGAAUUUGAAGAUGGGAAGGGCAAGUGUCCCUAUGACCCAGCUAAGGGCCACACUGGCCUCCUUGUGGAUGGUGAGCUGUACUCGGCCACACUCAACAACUUCCUGGGCACGGAACCCAUUAUCCUGCGUAACAUGGGGCCGCACCACUCCAUGAAGACAGAGUACCUGGCCUUUUGGCUCAACGAACCUCACUUUGUAGGCUCUGCCUAUGUACCGGAGAGUGUGGGCAGCUUCACGGGGGACGACGACAAGGUCUACUUCUUCUUCAGGGAGAGGGCGGUGGAGUCUGACUGCUAUGCUGAGCAGGUGGUGGCUCGUGUGGCCCGCGUCUGCAAGGGCGAUAUGGGGGGCGCGCGGACCCUGCAGAAGAAGUGGACCACGUUCCUGAAGGCGCGGCUGGCGUGCUCUGCCCCGGACUGGCAGCUCUACUUCAACCAGCUGCAGGCGGUGCACACCCUGCAGGACACCUCCUGGCACAACACCACCUUCUUUGGGGUUUUUCAAGCGCGGUGGGGUGACAUGUACCUGUCGGCCGUCUGUGAGUACCAGUUGGAAGAGAUCCAGCGGGUGUUUGAGGGCCCCUACAAGGAGUACCGGGAGCAAGCCCAGAAGUGGGGCCGCUACACCGACCCUGUACCCAGCCCUCGGCCUGGCUCGUGCAUUAACAACUGGCACCGGCGCCACGGUUACACCAGCUCCCUGGAGCUGCCUGACAACACCCUCAACUUCAUCAAGAAGCACCCGCUGAUGGAGGAGCAGGUGGGGCCUCGGUGGAGCCGCCCCCUGCUCGUGAAGAAGGGCACCAACUUCACCCACCUGGUGGCCGACCGGGUUACAGGACUUGAUGGAGCCACCUAUACAGUGCUGUUCAUUGGCACAGGAGAUGGCUGGCUGCUCAAGGCCGUGAGCCUGGGGCCCUGGGUUCACCUGAUUGAAGAGCUGCAGCUGUUUGACCAGGAGCCCAUGGGAAGCCUGGUGCUGGCUCAGAGCAAGAAGCUGCUCUUUGCCGGCUCCCGCUCUCAGCUGGUGCAGCUGCCCCUGGCCGACUGCAUGAAGUACCGCUCCUGUGCAGACUGUGUCCUCGCCCGGGACCCCUAUUGUGCCUGGAGCGUCAACACCAGCCGCUGUGUGGCCGUGGGUGGCCACUCUGGAUCUCUGCUGAUCCAGCACGUGAUGAUCUCGGACACUUCAGGCAUCUGCAACCUCCGAGGCAGUAAGAAAGUCAGGGCCACUCCCAAAAACAUCACGGUGGUGGCGGGCACAGACCUGGUGCUGCCCUGCCACCUCUCCUCCAACUUGGCCCAUGCCCGCUGGACCUUUGGGGGCCGGGACCUGCCUGCGGAACAGCCCGGCUCUUUCCUCUACGAUGCCCGGCUCCAGGCCCUAGUUGUGAUGGCCGCCCAGCCCCGCCACGCUGGGGCCUACCACUGCUUUUCAGAGGAGCAGGGGGCGCGGCUAGCUGCUGAAGGCUACCUUGUGGCUGUCGUGGCAGGCCCGUCGGUGACCUUGGAGGCCCGGGCCCCCCUGGAAAACCUGGGGCUGGUGUGGCUGGCGGUGGUGGCCCUGGGGGCCGUGUGCCUGGUGCUGCUGCUGCUGGUGCUGUCACUGCGCCGGCGGCUGCGGGAAGAGCUGGAGAAAGGGGCCAAGGCUACUGAGAGGACCCUGGUGUACCCCCUGGAGCUGCCCAAGGAGCCCACCAGUCCCCCCUUCCGGCCCUGUCCUGAACCAGAUGAGAAACUUUGGGAUCCUGUCGGUUACUACUAUUCAGAUGGCUCCCUUAAGAUAGUACCUGGGCAUGCCCGGUGCCAGCCCGGCGGGGGGCCCCCUUCGCCACCUCCAGGCAUCCCAGGCCAGCCUCUGCCUUCUCCAACUCGGCUUCACUUGGGGGGUGGGCGGAACUCAAAUGCCAAUGGUUACGUGCGCUUACAACUAGGAGGGGAGGACCGGGGAGGGCUCGGGCACCCCCUGCCUGAGCUUGCGGAUGAACUGAGACGCAAACUGCAGCAACGCCAGCCACUGCCCGACUCCAACCCCGAGGAGUCAUCAGUAUGAGGGGAAACCCCCACCGCGUCGGCGGGAAGCGUGGGAGGUGUAGCUCCUACUUUUGCACAGGCACCAGCUACCUCAGGGACAUGGCAUGGGCACCUGCUCUGUCUGGGACGGAUACUGCCCAGCACCCACCCGGCCAUGAGGACCUGCUCUGCUCAGCACGGGCACUGCCACUUGGUGUGGCUCACCAGGGCACCAGCCUCGCAGGAGGCAUCUUCCUCUCUGUGAAUCACAGACACGCGGGACCCCAGCCGCCAAAACUUUUCAAGGCAGAAAUGUCAAGAUGUGUGUUUGUAUUUGCACGUGUGUUUGUGUGUCUGUGUGUGUGUAUGUGUGUGUGUGCACGUGCGUGUGCGCUUGUGGCAUAGCCUUCCUGUUUCUGUCAAGUCUUCCCUUGGCCUGGGUCCUCCUGGUGAGUCAUUGGAGCUAUGAAGGGGAAGGGGUCGUAUCACUUUGCCUCUCCUACCCCCACUGUCCCGAAUGUCGGGCAGCGAUGUACAUAUGGGGGUGGGGUGGACAGGGUGCUGUGCCCCUUCAGGGGGAGUGCAGGGCUCGGGGUGGGCCUAGUCCUGCUCCUAGGGCUGUGAAUGUUUUCAGGGUGGGGGGAGGGAGAUGGAGCCUCCUGUGUGUUUUGGGGGAAGGGUGGGUGGGGCCUCCCACUUGGCCCUGGGGUUCAGUGGUAUUUUAUAUUUGCCUUCUUCCUGUACAGGGCUGGGAAAGGCUGUGUGAGGGGAGAGAGGGUGGGACUGCUGUGGAUAAUGGCAUACUCUCUUCCAGCCCUAGGAGGGGGGCUCCCAACGGUGUAACUUAUUGUGUCCCCGCGUAUUUAUUUGUUGUAAAUAUUUGAGUAUUUUUAUAUUGACAAAUAAAAUGGAGAAAAUGAAACGA